AUGUUAUCAACAGCAAAAUCUGAGGAUCAAACAGAAGAAGCAGGUUUGUUAUGCAUUAGUGACUGUGAAACAUGCCCUGUCAUAUGUGCACCACCACCCCCACCAGUCAAUUCAAAGCCGCCGUCCUCGCCACCGCCUCAGCCGUCGCCACAGCCACAAGUCCACCACCACUCACCACCGCAGCCGUACUAUUUUGGUUCACCACCACCACCUCUUCCUACUCGGCCUCCACCACCAGCUUAUACUUCGUGGGACAAGAGUCCACCACCUCCUCCCAAAAUCAUAUACAUUCCAGGGAAUCAGCCACCUAGUGUUGGCAUCGGACCCAAGAAUUAUACCUAUCCUUAUUACUAUUUCUAUUCUUCAAAAGCUGCUUCUAUUCCUCAUCAGGGAUCCAUUUUGCUGUUUAUCUCAAGUUUUGUACUUCUUCUUAGAUGA